GCGAGGCGAGGCGAGGCUGCCGCCGGCCAUGCCAGUGCUCGCUCCCGAUGCUGAGUCAGAAACAGGUAUCCCGAAAUCCCCCUCUGAGGCACGGCGCUCGGAGGCCAUGGAGGAGCUAGAGCACACCUGCCCCCAGCCACGCCUGACCCUGACAGCACCUGCUCCAUUUGCAGAUGAAACAAGCUGUCAGUGCCAAGCCCCCCAUGAGAAGCUAACCAUUGCACAAGCCCGCCUGGGAACACCAGCUGACAGACCUGUCAGAGUGUAUGCAGAUGGGAUAUUUGACCUCUUCCACUCUGGCCACGCUAGAGCUCUUAUGCAAGCCAAAACUCUUUUCCCAAAUAGCUACUUAUUAGUAGGAGUUUGCAGUGAUGAUUUAACACAUAAAUUCAAAGGCUUCACUGUGAUGAAUGAAACGGAGCGAUACGAAGCCCUCAGACACUGUCGUUAUGUGGAUGAGGUCAUCAGAGAUGCACCCUGGACACUGACACCUGAAUUCCUUGAGAAACAUAAGAUUGACUUUGUAGCCCAUGAUGACAUCCCGUACUCCUCUGCUGGCUCAGAUGAUGUAUACAAACACAUCAAGGAGGCAGGAAUGUUUGUACCAACUCAGAGAACUGAAGGCAUCUCCACAUCAGACAUCAUCACCAGGAUCGUCCGGGACUACGACGUGUACGCCCGGCGCAACCUCCAGCGAGGAUACACAGCCAAGCAGCUGAAUGUCAGCUUCAUAAAUGAGAAGAAAUAUCGCUUUCAAAACCAGGUGGACAAGAUGAAAGAAAAAGUCAAGAAUGUGGAAGAAAAAUCAAAAGAAUUUGUUUACAAGGUGGAAGAGAAGAGCCAUGACCUCAUUCAGAAAUGGGAAGAGAAGUCCAGGGAAUUUAUUGGCAACUUUUUAGAGCUAUUUGGACCCGACGGAGCGUGGAAGCAGAUGUUCCAGGAGCGCAGCGGCAGGAUGCUGCAGGCCUUCUCUCCCCGCGAGAGCCCCAACAGCAGCCCUACGCGAGGCCGUUCUCCGUCCCGCUCUCCAUCCCCACCCUGGGUCUUCAACAAAGCCUCCCCUCCUUCCUCUCCAAAAGCUGCCUCUGCCUCCCUCAGCAGCAUGAGCGAGGGAGAUGAGGAUGAAAAGUAGAAGCAAAGGUCUAUUUUUUUAACC